AUGGAAUUUCUCAAAUCGAAGAAAAAUCGACAAAAGAACAAUUCAAAAGAUACGCAAAAAAAGAAGAAUAAAAUGCAAGCUUCGACCAAGAAAAAGAAGAGCGUCGAUAAGAAUUGUUCGAAAUGAUCGAAAAAACACAAUACAAAACAAAAAAGUAAACGGGAGAAGAGAAGUUCAAGGGAGAAAUACAGUGGAAUGGAGAACGGAUUCUCCGACAUCUUUGAUCGGGAUAAUUUUGCGUUCAAGCUCAAGCACUGUGUCCAUCCAGAUACUUCUAAUCGUCAAACAGUUCAGAUAGAAGCUUUUGAAGCAUUUGUUAAGACUGUUACCACGAUGGGAGUGGACGGAUUGUCCAAAGAAUACUUGGAAACUUUGGUUCCUUUCUUGCCCGUAGGAUAUUAUGAACGUACAAUUUUCGAUCAAAAUACGGAGUUCAAGAAAAAUCGGUACAAAGACGUUAUGUGCAAUGACAAAACACGUGUGAUUCUGAAAGAUGGCUAUCCUGGAGACUAUAUCCAUGCGAAUUAUUUGAAAGGCACAAAACCUAUGCUCAUUCUGACACAAGGACCACUUAAGGACAGUGUCAUGGACAUUUGGAGAAUGGUGCUUCAGGAAGGUGUAGCGGCGAUUUGCAUGCUCUGUGAGCUCAUUGAGAAUGGACGUCCCAAGUGCGAGCUGUACUUUCCCGAUUCUGAAGGACAAGCUCUGACUUUUGGUGAGAUAACUGUCACUUGUACUGAAUCAACGACACCAGACAACCACACUCAAUUGAAAGUGCUGACGGUUGUGGAUAAAAAGUCAGGAAAAACACAUAAGCUCAACCACUACAAGAUUACCACUUGGCCUGAUAAAACUAUCGCUCAAUCCAAUUCGGCAAUCCUCCGCACCUUGUGAACCUUGAGAAAAAUGCCUGGUCCAGUAGUGGUGCAUUGCUCAGCUGGAAUUGGAAGAACCGGAACGUUUGCGGCCAUCGAAGUUGGUAUCCAAUAUCUUCUGAAUGGAAAAGCUUUUCGACCAGCAGACUUAGUGAGAGCUGUCAGACACUGUCGCUUGAACAGUGUUCAAAUGGACACGCAGUAUUUGAUGCUGGUUGAGGCGAUUCUGGAUUUUGGUGUCGCGUUCAAGUACAUCGAAGAUUCGAAACUCCUGGAUGCAAUUGAUAUUUAUAAGAAACAGGUGUCAGAUUAUGUUGAAGCUCAUCCGCCUCCACUGGAAAUGUUCAAGGCACCGCCUAAAAUCGAGAAGGACGGAGAUGACGGAGUAUCACCAUCCCCAGUUCCAGUCAGCACUCCACCAGUGCCUUCAACUAUUCCAAGUCCAUCCAAAGUUGUUCCAAAUCCACCACAAAAGUCGCUAAUUACUCCAACUGUUCCACCUUCGAUGAUCCAGACUGUAAAUCCUCCAACAGUGUCUGCUCUCCCAUCUCCAUCUGUUUCUCCUGCUCCAGUGCCAACAACCUCAUGUGCUCCUCAGAAACCGUUGGUCGUUCAACCUCCAGUCCCGUUUGCUCCGAAUCUGGCAGCCCAGACAGGAAUGAAACAGCGCCCACCAUCCAACAACAAUGUGGAAAAAAGUCUCUACUAUUAAAAAGGAAAAUGGA